AGUUACCCAACGCUUCCGGGUCCUGUGACUUAUCCGGUGGUUGCAGUGUGGCAGUGGGAAGAGGAGGAGGGACGGAGUGGGGGGGCUCUCCUACCGAGUCACAGAUCUCUCUGACCUGCCCACCCAGUCCUCCUCCUCCUUCUCCUCCUCCUCCUCGGCUCCUGUCAGCGCCGCUUUGGGACCCAGAAAGCAGAAGUUGCCGAAAGUUUCGCGAUCAGGCUUCAGAAAGUGUCAGCAUGGCCGGAGGCUCGGUGUCAGAGUGUAAGGAGUAUCUGUUCAAAGUGCUGGUCAUCGGGGAAUUAGGAGUGGGCAAAACCAGCAUCAUCAAACGCUACGUCCACCAGCUCUUCUCCCAGCACUACAGGGCGACGAUCGGAGUCGACUUUGCUCUGAAAGUCAUCAACUGGGACAGCAAAACGCUGGUGCGUCUGCAGCUGUGGGACAUCGCAGGGCAGGAGCGAUUCGGGAACAUGACGCGGGUGUACUACAAAGAAGCCGUGGGGGCAUUUGUUGUGUUCGACGUGACGAGGGGCGCCACGUUUGAAGCCGUGUCUAAAUGGAAGCAUGACCUGGACAGCAAGGUGAAGCUGGCCAAUGGCAACCCCAUCCCCGCUGUACUCCUCGCCAACAAAUGUGACCAGAAGAAAGACAGCAUCAACAAUUCAACACUAAUGGACAAUUUUUGCAAAGAGACGGGCUUCCUGGGCUGGUUCGAGACGUCCGCUAAGGACAACAUCAACGUGGACGAGGCAGCUCGUUUCCUGGUAGAGAACAUCCUGGCGAACGACAAAGGCUUGCCGUACGAGGAGAGCAACGGAGAGCGGAUCAAACUGGACCAGGAGACUGUAGCUGCUGAGAGCAAGUCAGGCUGCUGCUAACAUUCAAUCCACUCACAUUAGCCAUCCGCCUCCCUUUGGUCGGGUCCAGUGAGUUCACCCAGCCUGUGGCUCCAGCCCCCUGAUGCAACAUCAGAGACGAAUAUGAUUUUUAUUUAAUUUUUUUUCUCCUUUUGUCUCUUCAAAGCUUCAGGAACUUCUCCCUGCAUUGAUGCCCGUUUGACCUGUGCAUCCAAAAAAAAAAAGUCUCAUUACUCAGUUUUAUUUUUUGUCUUGCCUCAAAGGUUUUUCAGUGCAUCCACUCUGCAUGUUGGGGGAUUUUCCCUUGGUCCUCUAAAAUCGCUUACAAUAUGCACAGCGGAUUUCACGACUGUUGCCCUGACAACCUCUUCAGUCUUGGACCUCUGUCAAAUAAGAAACGAGGCAGGGGCCGUGUUGCGUUCGCUGCAGAAAAUUGACAGGUGCAAAGUUGAAAACAAUUUUUUGACUUUGUGAUUGUCACUUUAGUGUAUUCCUAAUCAGUAACAUUCCGUGUAUGUUUUAUUUUGUGAG